UGGAGCGUUCGGGACACCAACUCACCAAUGGGCCGCAGGCGGGCGGCGCUGGCGGACGGACGCGGAUCAACAGGAAGGUCGGGAGCGGCGGUUUAACGGCGAGAGUGGACCGGGAGGAUCAAGAUGACAACUGGUGAUCUGCGGGGAUCCCUUCGAAAAUUAGAACAAGGACUUCGUUCAUUUAAUUAUCCACAAGAUAUUGAUUGCACUGGUCUUGCAAAAGGUGAUCCUGCAGCCUUUCUGCCAAUCAUGAGCUAUGCCGUCACCUCAUAUUCCACAUAUGUGACUGAGCAGCUAAUAGCAUCUGGAGUGGAACUUGCAGGAAAAAAUGACAUUCGUUUUCUUGAUGCUGUUUACAAGGUGCUACGAGACGAGUUCCAGUAUAAACCAUUACUUCUGAAGGACCAAUUUCUGCACUGCGGGUUUGCAGAACGAAAAAUACAGCUUUUAUGUGACAUAAUAAGCAUUGUGACCAAAAGACACAAGGAAUUAAGCUGCCUCAACAAGACCAAGACACGCUCAAGUAAUAAUUCACAUUACCCGGUCAAAGUUUCUUCACGAUUAAAAUAUGAAACAUUUAUUCCUGAUACCCUCCUGUGCGAACCCUAUGAAAAGGUAAAACCUUUGGUGGAGCGUCAUUUACCCAAUGAUGAUCUAAAAACAUUUUGCUUUUCAUCCAAUCCUGAGAAUGAAAUUAUUGAAGACAGGCCACUUGUUCUUCGUGAAUAUACGGAACCAUCAACUUCACAUGAAUCACAGGCACUGGAGAUCUCCAUGCUUAAGCAGCAGAUUGCCAAAUGUGAGGAGAAGCUCCAGGUGCUGGACGUGGUACAGAGUAAGCUGCAAGCUUUAGAAUGCUCUACAGCUGGGAAAGUGAUUAUAGAUGCGAGGGAUUGGAACAAUCUACUGAGCCGCGUUGUACUGUUGGAAACUCAGCUGUUGCUACAUUCCAAAAAGAAUGAUUUGCCUUCUGAUUCCAUUGGUGGGAAUGAUGAAUAUACUUCAUGCCAAAUAACAAGCCAUAACUCUUCAGAUAAAGAACUGAGAGUGGAGACGCCAGGGAGCCUCAGCUAUCAAUCAUCUGGAUACAACUCGCUGUUAUCAGCAGACGAAUCGCCCAAAGCAAUGUGCAUCAAUUCGUUAUCUCUGACAGAAGUCACAAAGUCACACGCAGUCAAGUAUAAAGUGGAAAGGAUAAGCAAAAUGAUUGAAGAAACCUCGGAGCUGCUGAAGUGUACAGAAAAUUCAGCUGAGACUAACAAUACAGGCCCUUCAUUGAUUCUCUAGCAAAAUCCCAUGGAUGUUGAAAAUCUAACAUAAAAACAAAAAUUGCCAAACACCCAGCAGUUCGGGCAGUGUCGGUGCAGAAGGAGGCCGAAUUAACAUUUCAAGUCUGUGACUUUUGAUCAAUACAACUGAUUGUAUCAUUGCAGAGGUUCAAAGUUUAUAUUACCACUCUUGAUAAAAAAAAUAAAAUUAAAAAAUUUGUAAUUUUAUAAUUAAGUAGAAGUUUAACUUAUUUACCAGCAUUGAAUUUCCGAAUGUGAAGUUUUAUAAUAUCGGAAGCUACAAUAAUAAAUGUCUAUGAAAUCUUAAAAUAUAUAAAUUACAAAAGAUGAAUAAAACUAUUUUGGUUUC